CCUGAAUCAAGUUCUUCAGGCCAGACGUGGUGAGUUUCCAUGAUCUCCAACUGCAAAAUGCAAUCUCAAAAAGAUCCUAGUCUUGGGAAACUAGGCUGGUUUUUCCGAGGCAAGCGUCACCAAGACAGUUUGUGGUCUUGGGUUGUGUGUUUUUCAGCAAUGAAUUGUAAUGCCCUUGGCCUUGGCCUUGCUCUUAGCUACGGAGUUCUGCUUCCUGCGUUAAUGGGCUAUUUUGAUGAGACAAGAGAAAGAACUGGUGAGUGAUGAAGAUCAUUUUAACUUCUUUAGCUGGCGAUCACAUAAAGGUGUAUGUAGUCUAAGAUCCGAUUGAAUGGCAGUUGAGUGGAGCUUCGCUUAACAUCACUGACAAUUGAUGAUCGAAGUAGUGGAAUGUUUGAAUAUCACAAUAAAUGGGCGGAUUUAGAGUUGCGGCUUUGCAAUAAGGGGUCCGUGGCGCCCCGGUAUGUCUGAGAUUGUGUUUUAAAAUUUAAAAUUUACUUUAUUUAUCUAGUCAUAUUUGUUUAAUUAAUCAGUUCUAAUUUAAAUUUUGAAUGUUUUGGCUGUUCUGGGGACGAGAAGUGAGAGGUCAAUUAUUUUGCGCCACAUACGAGAUUUUGAGCAAAACUAAGCCAAGUGAGCAAUGCUGUGGAAUAUUUAAAUCGAGCAGACAUUAAGUUCUUUAUAUUCCCUACAUUGUUUAUGGUUGAUUUAUGUUAUUGGAAGAUUUUAGUCAGCUAUCAGCAAAACUUCACUAUGGUUUUCUCUUUUCUUCGAGGUUUAGUGCUGAAAAAUUAAUUGGAUGAUUUUUCUGGGGAAAAAGAGCUGGCGUGAAUGUGAAGCGAGCGAGCACGUGACUCUCUACACGUUCCUGUGUUACGUAACUAGCAAGUUUAAGCAAGUAAAACGCCUGUAGCAAGUUUUAAGAUUCGAGGUCAUUAGUAAAACUAAACAAACGGUAAGUACAGAACAAAAGCUUUUGCUUGUGCUUUAUGCUUAGUAUAUUUCUCCAGCGAUUAAUCUUAACAUAGAGAUUAAAUCACGAAUAAAAUUGAAAAACGACUCUUGACAACAGCAUAGGUAAGCCUAAAAGCAGAGCUCCUUGGAAACAUUUACUUGAAACCCAACUUUAAGCCACUGUAUGCAAAUUAAUUAAACUGGUUGACCUUAAUCGUAGCAGAACUUAGUUCAAAUGGCAUAGUCUGCGUUUCGGUUCGUUGUAUGUGGGAAGUCUUAGUGACUCCUUAACUAGCUACGACUUCCUGCAUAGUCAUUUUAACCUCCUGACCAAAUGUCACAUUUUCGAUUUAACUGGCGUUCCUUUUUUUUUUUUUCUGCCCUUACUGUCUCCGCUUUUUUUCCCUUUUUGCAGAUGUCAUGCAUGCCACGCCACGAGCCUGUAACCUCGUUAUUACGGCGCUUUCUUAGCUCCAACUGAGCUCUUUGUUGUUAGCACUGUCAGACGCACCUCUAGGGCAUCACGGUCUGUUGAAUACCUUUAAAUAAAAAUAUUGACGACUACAGAAGCACUGUUUUUGAAGUCGGAUAACAAAGAUGUAUAAUAUGUAUUUUGCUGAAAACUAUUUAUGUAUUAGUGAUGUGUACGUUCUCACGUGCUUGAAUAAAACAAGUAAGUUUUAAAAAGCGUUUAUGAAAACGUUGUUAAGUGUGAAAUAAUUCUAAAAAUAUUUUUCGGGCCUUAAGCUUCGCGGCUUAAAAAUCAGUACGUAAAUAAUUCGCGUUACUCUAAGCCUUCAUAAACUAAUCAACUAAGAUUACAGUGUAGUGCAGCGGUAACAAAAAUACUGUUAAUUUCAAUGUUCAUUAAGAAGCUUAAAAAGGAUGUAGAAUGAGUCAUUAAUUGUUUUAGCAGGACCGGUUAGAGACGCGGCAACUGCGAGUCGACUCAGUAGCAAGCCACUCUAUCAUUUGGACGUUAUAUUAGAGAGUUUAAGAUACCACGACGGCGACGGCGACGGCCUCGAAAACGUCGCUUAAAAAGUGAAUUUGCGUCCUUUCAAUCUCUUAAUUCAAAUUACUCGCUCCAACACAUUUACUUUGCCAAUUGCAAGCGAACUCUUUUCGAACCGAAUUCCUACUAACCAUAUUUCAAGUUCUGAAAAAGAAAAAAAAAUUAAGCCGUCGGCUGUUUACGUCCUCCAUGGAACGUGAAAUUAGGCAUUUUCACGUCGUAGUCGUGCAAUGACGGCAAAGAAAAGUACAAAAAAGCGUGAUGCACGUGCAGAGUUGUUGUUUUAGCUAUUCAACCUAUUGCUGUUUUGACUUUCUCGUUGUCGUCGCCGUCGUGGUCUCUUAACGUCCCUAUUGUUGGUUUUCACACAUUACGUCACCAAAAAUCAAACUAAAAAACUAUCGAUCCUACCGAGAUUUUACUUUCACGAUGCAUUAGAGCAGCUGAAAACUAAUUUUCACACAAAUUUUCGCUUCAAAAGGGUUCUUAGUUUUGUGAUAGGGUACGCUUGAAUUUCUAAGCUUUUGCGUGACGCGGCAUUUACAUGACGGCCAAGAGAGCUGUCAUGUAGGUUAAAAAAAUAACUUAUUGCAGAAAAUUUUGCUAUCUAAACAGUUCAUGUAUUAGAGAAAGUAUUACUUUAAUGUUUUUGAGUUUCUCGAAAAAUAAAUUCACGCUUUUGUAGCAAAACUCGGUAACAGAUAUGUUUUGGCUGGUUUCCGUUCGCCAUGUUGGAGCUCAUCCAGGUGAUCGUAUUUCGUAUCUAAUAUGAUAGAGGCGUCAAUUUUCGCCCAAUCAUGUCAUCAUAUUAGGGCGAGAAAUUUAAUUAAAAGAGCGGUGUGCAACAAAAUGCACGGGUCUGGUUUUGGCUAAAAUUAUUAAUUUGCGGUAGUUGACGGCAAAACUUUUACGAUGAUGGAUACUCAACUGGAUGAUUACGUAACUGCGUAACAACCAGACGCUACGCAUUUUUUAACUUCCGGAACGCUGAGGCUUGUGAUGAAUGAAAAGUUCUCACGCUCGGCUAACCCAAACACGUCUACAAUUUGGUUGUUUAAUUCUCUGGUGAUGGGCUUGUUAGUCAUUAGUUGUAGCCGAAGAGCUUAGAAGUAAGACGCUGUUUCUGCAAGAGAAUAAAGUGUUGUGAAAGAUCAUAGGGUUCUGGAUGGUACCACUCGUUAAUUGGCUGGGCGAGUACGGUUCCAUACAGCUCCCACGAUUUAUAUACCGGACGUAGGAGCUAAACUGUAUGUUAUAUUGGCGGGAAAAGGAGAUGAAGUGAAAACAAGAAUAACAGGAAUUAUAAUAGCCUGCGAGCAAGCUCUCCUAUUUGGGCAAGCGAAGCGAGCCUCGCGAGAACGCGCGAGCGAGGGGCCGAGGCUUCUCCGCUCGCUUGCGCGUUCUCGCGAGACCCGUUUCACUCGCCCAAACAGGAGAGCUUGCUUGCAGGCUAGAAUUAUAAUAGUAACAAGAACAAUAAUAAUUAUAUAGUAGCCAAUCAGAUGGGUAGUUCAGUUUGAAGAUGUAUCAUUAUUAUCUUUUGUUCGCAGUCAGCAGUUUGUUUCAACCCAGUUGCAUAAAAACCUGAAAAUCUAGUUAGAAACUUGAUAGCAGUUUAAUAACAUAACCAAAUGCAUGCAAGCUUAUACCCAAAGAAAGAUUUGUGUACUACGCGAACAUUUAACAGUACUUGAAAGAUCCCACUGAGUCGCCCUAAUCAAGUUCUCCAGGUCAGACGCGGUGAGUUCUGAUCUCAGACUGAAACAUGCAUACUCAGGAGGAUCCUAGUCUUGGGAAACUAGGCCAGUUUUUCCGAGGCAAGCGUCACCAAGACAGUUUGUGGUCUUGGGUUGUUUGUAUUUCAGCAAUGAUUUGUAAUGCUCUUGGCCUUGGCUUUGCUCUUAGCUUCGGCGUUCUGUUACCUGUGUUAAUGGACUAUUUUGGCGAGACAAGUGAAAGAACUGGUGAGUGAUAAAUUAAAAUACUGUUAAUUUCCUUAGUGAUCACUCUACAUGUGUAUGUGAUCUCAUUAAGGCAGGAGCGUAGCUCAUCCUCUUACGUACGGCUGAAAUCUGGAAAAAAUAUAUUUUUUAUUUCCCUAAGUAUUUUUAUCGUUUAAUCGGUAUGAGUGAUGAAUUUUUCUCAAUAUAGUGGUAUCUUUGUGUUUGUGUUUUGCUUUUUUUAACCUUUUAUCUCUGAUUCCAUAAACCGAUGGCAAGAAAGGUUAGUGAGGCGAGAAACGAAAAAUGCACUCUUCCCUGUCCCCACUCAGCAAUUUCCUUUCCUAAUUUUAAAAUGUCCCUCGGAAAACAUAGGAAAUGACAUUUUCAACACCCUAACUUUUAAAAAUUUUCUGGGAAAACAUAACCAUAAAUUCCCCACUUGUUUGGAGCGCCUUCAAAAUCUCACGCUACGCCGGGCCCCUGUAAGACCCGAUUAAAUUCACGUUUGCGGUUUGGCGUAAACGUGAAUCUUAUUAGAGACCUUUAGCAUCACGUUUUUGUCACCUGACAACGGCCUUCAGUUUGCAGUUGCGGUUUGAACCGUACGAAGGGCUACCAGCGGUAAGUGACUUACGGCAAGGUUUUUUGCCACUAAAACUUGCACAGUCUCGCGUUUUAAGGUACGAAGUAGCUUUUUAUAUCCGUUUGCGAUGUGUUUGUUAGAUUUUUGAUCUCGAAUCAAUGAAUUAUUCCUGUUCUUUGGGCGAUAAAAGAUCAUAAAAGUGAGGCACUUUGACUUGAUGAAAAACAACAUGGCGGCACUAAACAAUGAACGCGUUGUGCAAAUCGAUGUAAUAUUCCCUUCUGCCGUUCUAACAUAAGAAAGCUUUCUGUUCCAAUCCAAUCCAAUCCAAUCCAAUUUUUCCCUAUCUUGUUACUGAAUCAACUAACUCAAUCGGCUCCUGAGUCAGGCUCUGUUUAGUUCCCCUUUUUAACGUAUCACUCCGCGAAUUUUCAUUUUAUUUUAUUUAUUUAUUUGUAACUGGAGAGCCCAGGCUUCAUAAGGCCUUCUGGUUUCUUCUGGGCUCCCUCGGCAACUUACAAUUCCCAUACGUAUUCUUGUAUUGUAUUAUAUUUUGGCUAAUUAAAAAUGAACUGAACUGAACGCCUUGCUAAAAUUUGAAAUCUUGGUAACCUGAAACUGCAAACGCGUAACUGCAAACUGCGCUUUGCGGUUUCCCAAGAAAAACCUGAUGCUAAAGGUCUCUAAUCUCUCUAAUGUUUCCCGGGGUAAUCAAAGAGCUGUCAGUGAGCGAGUAUGUGAACUUACAGCUUCCUGAGUUAUUUCAUUGGAGCGUUUAAGAAAAGCGCCUGCAGCAUUAGAUUCACUUUUAUUUAAUUUGAGACCAAUCCAAAACAAAGCCUUUCCUUGGGCUCUAUUUUUAGUACAUUUCUCUAUUGAUGUACUGGACGUACGAUAUUUAUGUAAUUACGAAAGAAAACAGACACUCAAUAUAGUUAUUUGACCAGACCUAAAGACAAUUUACUUCUAAUCAAUUGCAUAAAAGGAAAUGUAACUAGACAACCUUAAAACCGACAGCAAACUUUGGUGUAGAGGCACAGCUGUGCGUGCUGCUUUGACGCUCUGAAGCUUACGGGUUCCCUAAACUGCACGCAAACCUUAAAAUUCUACCGUUGUUCAUUGUGAAUUGAUUUCACAGGCUUACGUCUUCCCGUAGAAAAACUAAAAGAUAAUAUACGAGAAAUGCCAACAAAAACAACCUAAAAGAUUUUUUUAGUAAGGGACGGACCAUCGGAAAUAACCGGAAGUGGGGUGACAAUAUCCGAAAAAAAAAAAUUCCUGCAAGGGAAACUUGUCUGAAAAAAAAAACCUGCAAGCGGUGAUACCUAAAAACAAUAAGUCAAAUGUGUAACAGUAGCUUAGCUCGUAUGAUUAUGUAACGUAACGAUUUCUCUAGGUCACGCAUGUUGAUUACAUAACGUGUAAUAUAUCACGUGCGGUAUUGCGGUAUUUUACUCCACCACAUGCUUUGGUAGUAAUGGCUGAAUAAACUGCUUGAGUUGAACUACUAGUCUAUUUACAAUAUGCCCUAGGAAAAAAUUCUUGCAGACAAGCGGGCUUUUAAAAAAAAAUCAUGCAUCAAAAAUUUUUCCCCCCAACUCCGGUUAUUUCUAAUGCUCCGUCCCUAAAGCAAGUCGUUGACAUCUUUAAAGGAGCAGUGUCACAAAAGCGAAAACUGCAAUCAAAUUUUAAAAGAUAAAAGGAAAUUAUAAAUAACAUAGCAAAUAUUGGAAAAGUCAAGGAUAUACAAACUUGAAGAUUUAAAUGGAUUGCAAUUAUGGUUUUUGAAACCUCUCCAGCCUAACAGUCCUUCAAAUUUCAUUUUUGUUAGUCUGUAACAUUUCAAUACUUGGGAGACACUUGUUUUAGACGAAGCAGAGAUUUUGCGAUUUACAUGCAAGUAAUUUUCUGGACGAUAAAUUCUAAAGGGAAUAAGGCCGCAUAUUUGACAAUAGAGACUUUAAGGUCCAAAGACGCGUCGGCAACAAGAACGUCGCUAAAAAAGUGAAUUUGCGUUUUUUCAGUCUUUAUCGCGAUUGUUCCUUCCCACUUGCUUUGUCUGUCAGGCAAACCCUUCUGAAAUUGAAUUCCAAGGGAUCAUAUCAAAGUUCAGAAAGAGAAAUAAUAUUUCGUCUUUGCUUGUUUAAGUUUCCCAUAAACGCAAAUUUAGGCCCCGUCCACACAUAUCCGUUUUUGUUUGAAAACUGCGAUUUUUUUCUCCGGUUUGGCCUACCGUCCACAUUUAUUCGGUGAAAACGAUCAACGUAUUUUUUAAAAAACGCAGGCUACUCGUUUACGCGAGGAAGGACGAAAACGGAGGUUUUCGAAUACGAUGAUGUAAUACAUCAUUUACUACUAGCAUAACGCAUGCUCUGUGAGGGAUGCUAUCGUAUUUCCAUUAAUUAUCGUUUUCGUAUGGGCGGGCGAAAACGAUUCGAACACGCUACGCAUUUUCACGUCGCUGUAGUGCAAAAACGACAAAGAAAUGUGCAAAAAAGUGUGAUGCAUGUGCGAAGUUGUUGUUUUGCUCAUUAAACCUAUUAUUCUCUUUUUUGUUGACCUUGUCGUUGCCAUCGCGUCGUUGGAUCUUAGGCCUACAAUUAAACGUCAAUAUUUUCAUGAGACGAACCAAACUCUAAUUUGGGUCGACCUGAAUUAAAGUAAGAUCGUCUGUUGGGUCAGACGUCGAACUUUGGAUGCGUCGAACCAAUCAACUGAACCAGAUCAGUAGUAGCCUGCGUGGCAGGCGCAAAAAGGGGAAGGGGAGGGGGGAGGGAGAAAGGUAAAAGGGAAGGGAGCGCCUGCUCUAAGAGCCUAUGUUUUUGCAUAACGCCUACCAAUUUUCUAGUAAUCCGAUUACGCUUACUGUCAAUCAAGUGUCGCUACACUCGCCAUUGCAGAAAAACAUUACACUCACGGACUAAAGAAAUUCGCUUAGUUAUUCAGAUCCAGAAGGCACUUUGGAGAAAAGUGGAACCCUUAUGCAGCCGUAAUGAAAAAAACUUUACGCUUCAGAAGAGGUCAAAGAAAUUGCGCUUGCAUCAGAAGGCAAAUCCUGCCGACCAGGAAACAAUAACUACAGUCAAUCGAUAUGUAUGUCAUGACCUCUCAGUGUGAAACAUGCGGCUAAAAUAAUAUUUGCCCAGUAUAAAUGCAGAACCUUCCAGAGCAUAAUCUACCCAGCUGGGUAGCCCAACAAUUUCAUCUCCUGCAACUGGUCUUCGAUAAUACUUUUCAGUGGCGAAAUGACGAGCUAAUCGCCGCAUUACCAUUUAGCUCGUAGUUCUUCACGCGUACAAACAUUUGGUAAAUUAAACUUCUUGCCGUAUCCGGUUCGCAAAACCGCCAGAACAUCUCUGUCGGCUAAAAGAGCCCUUACUGCUGAUUCUUGCUCUGGUUUUAAAACAGUUUCUCUACCACUAGAUAAAUUCACAUCUCCCAAAGCACUCUCUACGACAUCCACGUCUACCGCUGCCAUCUCGACUGUUUGUUGAUUUGUGAAACGCGCAUUUCAAUAUGCUACUCAUUACGGCUCAGCCAAUCAGGAAUUUGCGGACGCCAGCGUCCGCAGAUAUGAACAAAAGGGGGUUCUUAGAGCAGGCGUCCCCUCCCCCUCUCCCCAAUCCCCCUCCCCUUUUUCCCUUCCUCCUUAUCCCCUACCCCCUACCCCUUUCGACGCCUGCUACGCAGGCUAGAUCAGUAGUAAAUUUUCACCCGAAAGAGGCCAAAUAUACAUUAUCAUACAAAUUUUUAAUUUAUUGGUUUGGUGAUCGUCGCAUGUGAAGAUCGACGUGUUUGCCCCGGAGAAGAUCUUCAGACGUUCUAUACGUCUGAAGCAGACGGAUAGAACGUGUUGGACGAUCCAAACUCAUUCAGACGAAGUUAACUUAGCCAGACGUCAAUUUUUUUAUAAACUUAACUAAGUUCGGUUCGUCGCAUGAAAAAUUCGACGUUUGGCCUGAGCCAAAGUCACUAAUUGAACGGCCGUCGCCGUCGCCGUCACAAGAAUAUAAGGUGGAUUAUCUUGCAGCAUAUGCGUAUAGCCGUGGCAUUUUUCGUUUAAAAUUUUUAUUAGAAAAUUCAACAGACAAGUACGACAGUUAUUGCUGCAAAAAAUGGAUCCAACAACAAUUCGGUUUCUCAUCGUGCACUCUUUGAAUAAUUACUAAAGCCCCGUGCAAACAAAUGCAACAUUGUUGGCCAACAACUCCCAACAUUGUUGAAUGUUAAAUGUUGCGUCCGUUUGCAAACCCUGUGGCAUGUUGUUGCGUUUUGUUGGGAGUUGUUGAGCAAAGUUUGAAACUGGUCAAACGUUUAGGCCAACAUUUCCCUACACUUCUUUUGUUCCGUGAUCACUGAAGGGUAGCGCAGCAAUGUUGUAUCCGUUUGCACAGCUCUUCCAACAUUGUUAGAGCCACGCAUGCACAUUACACAUGGUUUCCAUAUUCUUAUGGGUUGUAUCCUUCCCACGAUGCACGGUGUGUCCCAACAUUGUUGGAAGUUGUUGCAUCCGUUUGCACACUACUCCCAACACGGACGUAACAACUCCCACUAUUGUUGGCCCAACGAUGUUGGGAGUUGUUGCGUCUGUUUGCACAUAGCUUAAGAUAUCGCGAAGAUGACUAUGUCGAACGCGAUAAUAAAUUUGAUCACCCUGAAGGUAAUAUUCUUGACAUUGUCAAUGUUUUUAUUUUCAGCUGGACUCGGCUCACUUGCUUUGAGUUUAACAUUUUUUCUUACUCCGCUGCCUGGCUAUAUCUCUGAUCGUUUUGGCUGUCGUAUCACAAACUUCGUGGGAGCCACGCUCUGCAUGACAGGCUUGGUGACGUCAUCAUUUGCUCAGAGCCUCACUCUCAUGUUCGUUACACACGGUCUGCUGAUGGGUUUAGGAAUAUCAUUUAUCUACAGUUCUUGCUUUCUUGCGAUAGCAAAAUACUUCAAAGAGAAGUUAUCCGUAGCAACUGGCAUUGUAGCUUUGGGAGCAGGUUUCGGUGUCUUUUUUACAGGCCCAUUGCUUCAAGUUCUUUCGGACUCGUAUGGCUGGAGAGGUGCUUACAGAAUAAUGGUGGCAUCUUUUAUUGUUGUUUGUAUCCUGGGGCUGACUUAUAACCCGAACGUACAAGAAACAACAUUGGUCACUUCCUUUAACAAUGACCAGGACAAAGAAGACAAAAUGAGUAGAAUUUCUCUUUACUGUAGCCUGUGGACAUUUCCUACUUUCGUCGCCGUGGUGACCUCUAUGCUGCUUACAGGAUUUGCGAUUUUCAUUCCAUUAAUUUUUCUGAUGAGUUUUUUCAUUAAACAAAUAAAUAAAUAA